AUGCUUACGGGUACAAGCAGGCACCUUGAACCCCAGGAGACGCUACGCGUGCCUCCUGUCGAUGAACUCCCCGAACAGCAACGCUCGAGUUUCCCAACUCUCAAAAUGCUUCUCAAGCAGAAGAAGGAGGCAUUAGCUAAGCUUUCUCCAUUCGCCGGCAAACGGCCGAGAGACGAAGAGCCGUCCGUGUCGUCGGAUGACGAGACUUCGGAGGACGAGAGCAGGGGAUUCGACAUUGAUUACAAGGUGUGA